AGAACGGCGGUUUGCGACCUUGUGAAUUGUGAUGCUACGUCUACUAUUGUGAUUUGUUGUUACGCCCGGUUUUUUGCUAGUCAAGUGUUGAACAAGUUGCUGAGCGGUGCUGUACAAUGUUAUCGGAAGACUUAAUAUAUGAUUUUAUCAAUUUAAUCCGUUGAAAGUUCUCAAUGUUCCUAUUUGGUAGCAUCUGACCUUAGUUUUAAGUAAGAAUUCGCGACCCACGCCGCGUAAUAAAACUCCUACGCGCCACCAAGAAAUAAGUGUCUUGUAACUAAAAAACGACAGAAUGUUAACAAAACUAGUGGAUUUCUAGAGUAACUUUUCAGUAAUUUCAGUGUGUUAAUAAUAUACGUUAUAUUAUGGACAACAAGUGAUAUUAUUUACAGAUUGAAGUGUUGUAUGAUGAUAAUGAUUAAUAUGAAAGUGGGUUUGGACAUCCUACUUAGUGUUGUAGACCUAAAAUAAAGAAAUCAACCAAUCUGUUAUGUUACAAAGUGAGAAUGGAUGAAAAUGAUAUCAUAAUUUCUUCUACGGAGAUAAUUAAAGAUAGAUUAUAUUUCGCAACACUCAAAACCGGUUACAAACCAAAGCCUACCCGCAAUAGUAAAUACUUCCACAUUGAAGAUGAGAUUGUAUAUGAAAACUUCUACUAUGAUUUUGGACCUUAUCAUCUGUGCCAUUUGUAUCAAUUUUGCAACAAGCUUAAUGAAGAAUUGGAGAAGAAUCCGAAGAAAAAGAUCGUCUUCUACACCAGCAAUAGUGAAACUCUUAGGCUUAACGCGGCCUAUCUUAUUGGGAGUUAUCAGAUAAUAUAUCUGGGCUCCUCCCCUGGUACGGUCUACAAGCAGCUAACAGAAGGCACUUGGUCCUUAUUAAACUUCCGUGAUGCGUCUGGCGGACCAGCGCUCUUCGACAUAUCGCUUCUAGAUGUGCUGCAGGGCAUCAAAGUGGCUCAUGAUGCGAAAUUCUUCGACUUCGAGCACUUUGAUACGGAACAGUAUUUGUUUUAUGAGAAAGUAGAAAACGGUGAUCUCAACUGGAUAAUACCCGGGAAAAUGCUGGCGUUUUCCGGUCCCCACCAUCGCUCGCGUUUGGACCGGGGUUACCCCCUACAUAGCCCGGAACACUACCACGAAUAUUUCAAGAAGCACCACGUGACCACCAUCGUCCGGCUAAACAAGAAAUCAUAUGAUGCAAGGCAGUUUACCGCGCAUGGAUUUGAGCAUAGGGAAUUGUUCUUUGUGGAUGGUUCCGUGCCUUCGGAUCUGAUAGUCAACAGGUUCAUAAGGAUCUCGGAGGUGGCGAAAGGCGCUGUUGCUGUACAUUGUAAAGCUGGUCUUGGCCGUACAGGAACUCUGAUAGCAUGCUACAUGAUGAAGCACCAUGCCUUCACAGCUCGAGAGGCUAUCGCCUGGCUGCGGAUCUGCAGACCUGGAUCUGUUAUUGGACACCAGCAGUGGUUCCUUGAGAACAUUCAACCUCGGAUGCAUGCAGAAGGAGAUGCACACCGUCGAAGACACAACAUCACGUGCCUACCCGUGUUUGCACGAGGGAUAUACAGCGACUUGGCCCCGGAGCCGGUGCCAAUACAAGACAAACCAGUUUCGUUGCAGACCAUAUUACACGCCAAGAACGCUAAUACCAAUAAGCUGGACAAUGCCAAUGCACUUAACGGGAACGAGACAGAUCGAGAAAACAAUAUAACGCCAGUCAUUGGCAAGUACAAGACUACCGCCUCCCCGAUGUUACCAGUUAAGGUGUUCACACCAAAAAUGAACUAUAUGCUUCCCACAAACAAUGUAAAGAACGCCAAUAACACCAACCUCAAACCACAGCCGAGAUUAAUAAACUCAACGAUUAAAUCUCACUACGCGGCCAAAACAUCCACUUUCCCCCCUACGAGAGGUGCCAACUCCCAAGCCAAAUUAACUGGGGUCAAAGCUCAAUUUACGGGCAAAAACAGCUUCCACGGCCGUGCCAAUCUUGCGCGACCGGCAAACUACACUCACGGCGCAAGCCCCAUCAAGACAUUUACCAGAAAAGCCAUGAGUGUCACAAAAAUGACGUCAAACGAUACAAACGCCGUCACGACCGUCAGCAAUGUUACCACAACUUUGACAACGCUGACGGAAAAUUGUCAUUUGAAUGGCAAAAACCGUCUUCCAUCAGAGCCGAAUCUCAAAGCUACACCAAAAACUCCCGUAAUAAACAGUGCCAGGAAGAAAAUGAUUGUUCGAUCAAAUUCCAGUUCUCGUAAAAAGCUUCCUAAAAGUGUCCCCAAAAGUAAUCUCGAAGCGAGCCAAGAGCUAUCAUCGAGCGAUACCAAUAUAACCAACAUCUCUGUCGAUUCCCUGGACACACCCUUCAGGUUCAGACGAAAACGGGAUAAAUCUAAAAGUCCCGAACCGAUGGACACCUUAUCUAACUCGGUUAUAACGGCUGAUGUGACUCCAGAAAACUACGAGGAGACAAAUAAUUCUCAAGGGAAUAAGUUGUAUAAAAUUAAGGCAUUACGAAAAAAAUGUCCUUCAUUCGGUGUGAGCUUAUUGAAGAAAGAGGGUGUCCAAACCAGAUCGAGUAGUUGCGCUAGCGGUUCAACCGUUAAGAAGAAAUGAUCUCUACUUAGCGUAGCGAGUUAGUUAUAGUUGUGCAUAGCACAUGUUGUAUUUGUUUUAGGCAACUCGAAGGACUUUUUUGAUAAUCUAUUGGAAUCAAAUGCAUUUACAACAUUUAUCUAUGAAAACGAUUUCGCUGACAUCGAUUGGACAAUGAAUUUCUAUUACAAUUAUGUUAUCAAAAAUGAUCCUUCGAGCCGGAUUGGUAGGUUUGUUUAGAUUCGUGCCGACUGACUCGUUAACCCAUAUCACGUUUGUUCCCUAAUAAAAAGGUUUUCUAAACAAAUUUAUCAAUUAAGUAAUCGCUUUAUAGACCCCAAUAAUUGCUAAAAUACGAAGAUCCGUGGGCGUUUUUUUUUUUAAUUUAAUGGUUUUUAUAUAUUCGGACUAACUAAUAUUUAAUUUUGCAUUUGUAAACAGAUGUAUAUUUUAAACGUAUAUUAUUGGGAAAUUCAUGAGGUUGAUAUUAAAAAGUUACAUAUAUCGUGAGAAGCGCCCGCGAUUACGUAUUUUAGUAAAAUGCCUAAAUGUUUAUUAUAUUUCAUAUUAUAUAGACAUAAGUGGUUGAAUGUCCAAUAAUUAGUUGUGUUAAGUUUCAAAACUGUUUUUGCAUUCUAUAUUUUUACCCACCUUUAUCUAUAUUCUUUUUUUUUAAUUAUUUUCAUUUAAAACAAUUUAUACAUAUUUACAGUAUAUUGUUGCGUUUCAAUUAAUACAUAAUUCAAUUAAAAAAAAGAUUUAUAUUUUUUGUUCUAAAAGAGCAUCAUUUUGUUAUUACCUAAAUUUAUUAUAAAAUUUUAUUUUAUUUUGAAAAUGCUUUGUAUUUUAUUUUUAUUUUAUAUAUAAAAACGUAAAGAGUUAUUGGAAUUUCAAGUUAGUUGUUAAGAUGACAUAUUUUUGUAAUAUAAUUAUUUUUAUUGUUAGUUUAUAAAUGCCAUUUAAGCUUUUCAAGGCUUCCUUGUUAUACUUAACAUGAUUUAUUGUAUCUUAGUUUUUGCAAUAUUUUGCACGAGUUAAUAGUUAUUUAAUAGUUAACUUACAUUGAGUAUGUUACUAAGUAAUCCCAUUAUGUUGAUUUAAAAUUAAUAGAGUCAUUGAAUUAUAUAAUAUAUAAAAUACAGUCGAAUUUAAAGUCAUAUCACAAAAUGUAUUUCACUAUAUUUUUCGUUAUAUCAUCCCGGAUUUUGUUUCGAAAAUGAUAUGUUGAGGUUAGAAGCAGUGUUAUUAUCAAAAAGUCAAAUCAGUAAAAUUGAAAGAAAAUAUUCUCUAUAGGUACUUGUCAUUUUAUUUUUGUUUAUUUAACUACGUACUAGGGUUGUCUUCCUAAUUAUUUAAAUAACCCGAUUUUAUUUGUACUCUCUCAAAAGGAGUUAAAAACGUAUUUUAUAUCAAAAGAAAUGAUUUUAAUUGUUCGUAAAAACUUUCCAAUAUCAACAGCAACCACAAGAUAUUAAGAUAACUGCAUAUGACGUCAAUAUUUAUUUUCAAUAGGUAAGAUAAGUAUAAAGUGUCCCAAACUAAUUGUAGUGAAACUUUACAAGAUAAUGUAAACAAAAUUUAUAUUAGUUGUGUUGUAAUAUAAGACUGUUGUUUAUGCCAUUUUUAAUACUUUAUCUAGUGUGUGGUACUUACAAUAUUAGAAAACAUUCAACUAUACGGUGUUGGCUUAAAACAUAAUAUUUUUUUUAUUAAUAACAUGCUCUGUCCAUCCUACUAAAUAUUGCAGGAAUUGGUCCUUCGGUACGGAUUUUUUAAAAGUUUUUAGAUAAUAUUGUAAGUACAGCCCGGACUGUUAGUAUUUAGCCAGCUGGUGAGCCGUUUUAAACGUACUGUAUACAUUUGGGUCUAACUUGUCGUUUUUCUGUCAAUGUUGGUUGUGUAUUUAAAAUCUAGUAUAACAAUUGACUGAUUAUAUGGAGUCACAUGUUUUGAGGAAUAAUUUUAAUGCAAGUCAAAGAAAAUGCUUAUUACGAAACAGCAGGCAGCUAAAAUUGAUAGCGCUUUGGAAGUGACGGUUGACGGCAAUGAAUUAAUUAAAGUACAACAUUUAUUUACAUAUAUAGAACAAUUAAAGUGAGAAAUACCCGUGCAGUAAUCUGUACCGAGUUUUAUAAAAUAUUAAACGGUUGUGUAGAACUAUGAAUUAAAAAUUUUAGUAAAAUUAAAAGUGAUUUAGUUAACAAUACUGAUUUCGUAAAAAAGGUAUAAUUUCGGAUUUGUAAUAUGAAUGUUUGCCUUGCGUCAUGUUGUCAAUAAAAGUCAAUUGUUAUACUCACAAAAUGGUGCGCGAUUAUGUCAUAGAUUUUCAUUGCUUUUGAUUUUUGUAGAUAUGGGUAUUUUAAUUUGACAUUUUAUGAUCAUGAUUUACAUUUAUAGAUAAUUGUUUUUACAAUCAAACUGGGCUGAAUUUCAUACUUUAUUUGUGCUAUUGUGGCUUGUAUGACGAACUUUGAAAAUAAUUUUGCAUUAGUAAUCGUACAUUAUCAUAAAGCUUUGAAUUUGAAUUUCCUUACUUAGCUUAAGUUGUUUCCAUUGAAAUUCGGCCUAGUUAAUGACAAUGGGGAUAGUAAAGAAUGUAAGGCUGAUUUUUUAAUCGUUCAUUCUAGACAUGUUAUGGAAAGAUAACGAUUAUGAGAUCUUGCCAUAAGUGCCAUUCAGACACAGGUGACGAAAGUACUUUGAAUGCUACUUUGAUAUAUUUCUCGCAAUAUGUUUAUUUCAAACUUGGAAAUAUAAAAAUUCAAUGUUAGGUAUUCGCUAUUACGUUAAGGAAAUCCCUUAAUAUAUACCUUAUCCUAAAGUAUUGCACGCUAAAAUAAAUACAUAUCAAGUCGACAUGAUUUCAUUAGUGUGUUCAUACAAAUAUUUGACGCAUAGCGUUUAAUACUUUAAUUCAUCCACAGUUAAAUUCUUACGCCAUUUAAAAAAAAAAAAUAUUCCUUUAUAUUCACAGAUGUAUUUUAUAUAAUUAUUUGAAGUGUCACGGAAUUGCCUAUCACACAUCAAUCAACCCUGUCAUCACUCAUUCUAUUAUCGCGGUUUUCGAUGGAUUAUAAUUAAUCGUAUAAGAUAACGCAUUACUAUUAAAUCGUGCAGGUUUCGAAUAAUAAUUUUACGACCGUUUACAUAUCGCGGGAUAGAUCUGAGGUUGAUUACAAUUUUUUGCGAAAAUUCUUCUAUAUAUUGAUAACAAAAGCCUGUGUCUGAAAGGCAUACUAGGAAUGUUAUACAUGGAUUCGGGACCAGAUUAACCCAAUAUGUAUAGAUAAUUUAAUUUUAUAUAUGUUGUGAUCAAUCUAAUCAGUUACUAAUGCACCGUUACAUAGUAUGUGUAUUCGAGUAACACCGUAUGGUGAAUAAUCUUGCUUAAUAAAAGAUAUAUUACUAUUUA